AUGGCCCCAGACGAUGAGACCCAUCCGCCACCUAUUGUUCAACCUCGAGAAGUAUCUCGAUGGGCUAACACAAAAUUGUUUCGUUCUGAUGAGUCAACCCUUCAAAGAGCUAAAGCUUCGUCGCCCUUGGAUGAUACCCGGCCAUCUGAAGAACUCCCAGCAAAUCUAAUUCCUCAACUUCCUCCCCCAAUACAAUCCCGUCAAAGCAAUCUUCUUGCAUUGGGACAGGAGAGAUUGGGUGGCAUGGCCGAUUUCCAACAACGCCCCGCACACCGUCCCACACACUCUGCUACACUUCAAAUGGCAGACCAUCCCAGCGCAAGCACGCAACGCGAGCGACGUACCUCCCAAUUACCAGAAAAUGUGGGAGUCCGCCACCAAAUGCACCAUUCAAAUGUUCACUAUGUGCAAUGGCCUGCAACUAUGACCUCUGGUCGUCGAGCAUCGACUGGAAAUUGGCGAAGCGAGGUACAACAAGAGCCACGUAUGAACCAUCUUCCCCCCGAUUGACAACACUGGUAACAUCUGUAUGCUAGACACGCAUGCCGUUCAUCAAAGAGUUCAGCCCAUAUCACAUGACAUACUUCCUAUGUCCCCCUUCUUUCCAUUGCCAUAUACGCCAACUGAAGGUCAAUUGCCAAGAAGACGUAGCCACGAUGUGGAGGGAACAGUUGGAGGUCAACCAAGUUAUGCGACUGCUCUAAAGCACAAUGCAUCGGCCCAGUCUCUGCUACCUAUGGGACAUCACGGUCGUGGAGUAGAAUGGCACCCAAUUGGCUGGUCCGAGAAGCAAGCAUGGUAAAGCAAUUCCUUAGCCUAGCGAAGAUAUGCUGACUGAAUGAUAGGCCUGCACUUGGAGCCGCGGAAAAAUAUUCAUCCCAGCGCAACGAGCCUCUCCGAGCACAUCAUCGAAACCCAAGUGACAAGCCCCUCCUGAGAGUUGAGACUUCCAUGAAAUCCGGAGGCUACAAGUCUGGUAGUAGCUCAGGUAGCGCAAGCAGUGACAACAGUGGCCGGAAGAUUGAUCUUGGUGGCUUUAAACCUUCCCGUAUGAAAGAGGAACAACGUGGAAUUAUUGCUGCUCCCACCGGUUCCAACUAUCUAGGAAAAAAACAGAGUCGACAACAAUCCCCACGCAACAAAGAUGACCCAAAUGAAGACAAUUGUGCAUUGUGGCUUACAGAUCUUCCUACAGAUCUCACACUUCGUGACUUCCUUGCUCUCGUCAAUACAGGAGAAGUCUUUGCGACCGUAUUUUCCCAACCAAAGCCACCAACUUGGACCCAAGCAGUCAAGUUGGUAUUCAAAGCCCACGAAGCAGCCUCUCGAUUUUUGGGACGUGUUCAAAGCUCUCAAGGUAUCGUUUUAAACGGAAUUCGAAUGGAGGGAACAUGGAAUCGAAACUGGUAUCCCGAAGACAAGAGCGACAAGACCAGAGUUUUGCAGAUUGAGUGUCCAAUUGAAUUGACUUCAGACUUUUGGCAUUCAUACUUCAACGAAUGUGUCAUUUACCAAGUCGAAGAAGAGCUCGAGAUGACCUGUGACGAUUCGGAGAAGCACAUCCUCGAAUUUCGAUUUGCUCGCAUUGAUGGCCAGUCAGAGGCUUUAUACCAAGCAAUUUCGAAGAAUCCAAAGUUCCAUGGUAUCCGCUACAGAUAUGCAGCAGAUCCGUGCAAUCCCACUGCGGGCCAAAGACAAAAUUGA